AUGCACAUCCGCCCCCACUUUGCAGAGAUUGACGUCCCGACCUUGCAUCAGUUCAUUCGCGCCAAUCCUCUGGGUAUGGUGACGACGGCCAUCCAGCACCCAACAUUCGACACGCUUCAGUCCUCACACAUCCCUUUCCUAAUCGAUGCGCCUGAGAACACGGCAUAUGACGAGCUGGCGGUAGACGAUCGGGGUCACCGCCCACCGGGCAGCCUUGGCGUGCUCCGUGGUCACAUGGGACGCAACAACCCUCAAACCCGCGCCAUCCUGGAUAGUGUGAAAGCCAGUGGGAGCAACGAGCUGGCUGAUCCAGUUCUCGUCCUGUUCACCGCCGAAGUCCACUCGUACAUCACCCCGCGAUGGUACACCGCAGCGAGGGCCGAGAGCGGCAAACUCGCGCCGACAUGGCAAUACAGCGGUGUGCAGGUGUAUGGCCGGCUCAGAGUCCACCACACGGGCGAGGACGCUAGCAACUAUCUUCAGCGCCAGGUCGAGGACCUAACGCAUCUGCUGGAACCCCGCGUCCCCGGCAAAGGAUGGGAGAUCUCGGACGCCUCUCCGCGUUUCAUCGAGUUGAUCAAGAAGGGUAUCGUCGGCCUUGAGCUUUCGAUCACCAAGAUUGAAGGACGGAUCAAAAUGGGACAGGACGAGACGGAUGGCGAUUGGCAGGGUGUUGUUGAUGGCUUCAAGGCUGAGGGGACGGAGAAGAGCCAGAAGAUGGUGGACAUGAUGCUCGAGCGUGCCAAGGGUCGUCCAGGACGGGAAGCCGAACAGUAG